GCAACUUAUGUUGAGGUAUCAGCAAAUCUCAAAUGACAUCUUAGCAUGGCCCUUCAACAUGAAAUUCAAACGUUUCUAACGUGUCUUUUUCUUAUUGGCUUGGAUUUAGAUUCAGCGACAGAAGUAUUUCUUUCCUCUAGCAAUUAGCAGAACUAGUAACUUUGUUAUUCCUUCCUUUUUCUUUACCAUAAUCUUAUUUUCAAACUUUUCAACUUUUAAGUUUAUUAAUUAGUUCAGCAAAGUUGAGAUGCUAUUAUUUUUCACUACUCUUUCAAGCUGUUGCAGACCAUAAAACCAGGAAUCGACAUCAAAUUAAAGCAGCUUAAGAAAAAACUAUUUAUCAAAUUAGCAGAUUGAAAAAAGAAGAGGAGAGAUGACAACGGAAGUAGCUGUGGCUAUAGAUGAACGUGUUGAGGAAAUGAGGGAGCCUUAUGUAAAGGCCUUGGAAAAUGACCGGGAAUACAUUAAAACACUGUAUCAGACCAAACAUUGUACUUUAUUCUAUCACCUCACUCCUUGCGGAGAUACUGUUUUCCACAUUGCAGCAUACAUGGGAAGCAUAGAUCUGCUUGGCGAUCUCCUCGGUAUGGUUGCAAUGCCCAGAAAACGUGAAGUGUUCACGAUGAAGAAUAGUCAUGGCAACACCCUUCUCCACGAGGUGGUCAUGAGCAACAAUGUUGAGGCAGCAAAAUUCUUGGUUGAUGAGAUUGGACAUGAAGGACGAGCGAGUAUGCUGAUGGACCGCAAUAAUUUAGGGGAGACGGCGCUAUUCAGGGCUGCGGCAUUUGGCAAUAAAGCAACAGUGGAGUACUUAGUAAAUGAGGUGGAACUUCAAAAUGGAAAUCUGAAAGAUGAUCACUUCACAAGAGCAUCUGAUGGCCUCUCCAUUCUUCAUAUUGCUAUCAUGAAUGAAAAAUUCGUGACAGCUAUUUGGUUACUAGACAAAGAUCCAGAGCUGGCGACAAGGAAACAUCGUGGGAAGACAGGUCUUCAGAUUCUCGCUAGCAUGCCGAAUGCUUUCAAAAGUUCUUCUUCCAUAAUGUAUGGAUUGGAGAUUAUAUAUAGAUAUAUUCCAGACAACUUAGUCUAUAGAGAUGAAAUUGAACAGGAUGUACCAAGUCAGAGCAGUAAGAGUAGCAUACGCUGUCUAACAAUGAUAAAGAAUAUACGUCUACCCAAGUUUGAUGAUCUUUGGCUGCAUCUAGCUGAAAGAUGGAAUUUUAUUAAGGAAAUUUGGAAAACAAAAAGGAAGCAUCGAUUUGCAGUUGACUUGGCCAAGAUUCUGAUAAAGAUGGAUUCUUGCUCGUGGCGUGAGCACUACAACAAAGAAGGGCACAACAACAUUGUUUGUUUUUCAGGAGACGAAGAAACAGGGGAGCCGUCGUCCCUAGCCAUAUGUGUUGGCACCGCCGCCACCACUGAGGCACGGCCGGAUGCUCCAUUGAUUAUUGCCGCCAGGACAGGGAUCAAGGAGAUUGUGGCCGAAAUUAUCAACGUGUAUCCUCAAGCACUGGAGCAUGUUAGCAGGCGUGGACAGAAUAUUCUGCACGUUGCCAUUCUACACUGUGACGACAUCCUUGAUCUCAUCAAGUCGAAGAGGGAAGUGGUACAGCGGAGGCUGGCUUUGGGGAUCGACGAUAACGGUGACACCAUUCUGCACAAAGCCGCCUGUACAAAAUACUACAGCGGAGGAACCAAAUCGACUGCGGCUCUGAAACUGCAAGAGGGGCUGAGAUGGUUCAGAGAGGUGGAAAAAAUGGUUCCUCCUCAUUACACAUUCCAUCGCAACAAGCAGAAUCUUACGGCGAAGCAACUGUUAGAAGACCAAUACAAAGAACAACUGAAAGAGGCCCAAGACUGGGUCAAGAACACUUGUCAGUCAUGCUCCACUGUGGUAGUCCUAGUCGCCACGGUUCUCUUCGCUGCCGCCUUCUCCGUCCCAGGUGGUUUCAUAGGAUAUGACGACGCAAAAGACGGUAAGGUAAAUGCCACUGCCGGAACGGCAGUCCUUGCGAACGAGCCUCUGUACUCUUGUUUCACUGUGAUGGACGUGGCCGGACUGGCGAGCUCAUUAACGUCGGUGGUGCUCUUCCUUUCAGUGCUCACCUCGUCACUUGAGCUGGAAGAUUUUCACUAUCAAAUAACCUCGAAACUAUCGGCUGGCUUCCUUUUUCUGUCCUUUGCCAUUGCAGCCACCGUGUUUUGCUUCACAACCGCAGUUAUCCUCACCUUUCAUUUGGAUAAGGCAUGGACAACGGGUCUGACAUACGCCGCUGCAUUCCUUCCAGUCAUCGUCUAUGCAAUUGUGCAGUUCGGUUUGUAUUUCGCAUACCUCAAGAGUGCUUUCAUGACUUUCAUCAGCAUUUAUAUGGGCGUGAUGCUGCUUCUUCCAGUGAUAUUAUGUCAAAUUUUUUUAGAGUUACUAUUUGAAUAAUUUAUACUUUAAAAUAUUUUCUUUGUAAACACUUAUAUAUAAGUCAUUGUACAUAUAAUAUUAUUCAAGAAAAUAAUAAACUUUUCUUUAAAUAUUUUUCCUUCUUUUCUGUUGCUAACAUGGUAUCAUAGCUAUAAACUCCUAGUUUUUCA